AUGGCACCGAGGAGAAAAGCUGCCCAAGCUCCCACGCCCACCAACGGCGCGGCGACAAACGGCACCACCGCCGCCACAACCACCUUUAUAUCUACUUCCGUUAUCCCCGAUGCCACGCCUUACGGCGCUGUCCAUCGCCCCCUGGAGGGCCUCCGCGUCGUCGUGAGCGGCCACGUCAACGUUAGCGACCAUGUGCCCUACAGCGUCGAGUACCUCCUCGGCGAUCUUGGUGCCGUCCAGGAGAACCGCGUGCUCAAUGCAGUCACCCACGUCAUUUCCAGUAGGGAGGACUACCUCAAAAAUGCCACCAAGGUCCGCAAUGGCACCGACAAGGGCCUUCCCAUUGUGCGAGGUGCCUGGGUCGUUGAGUGUGACAGGACGCAAACGCUUGUCGACGUCGACAAGCACACCUGGCCCAAUGUCAUCGAGCAGGAGAAGAAGCUCCAAGACGCCCGUCAAGAGUUUCUCGCGGCGGAAGCGGCUGGCAAGACCAACGGCACGGUCAAGAAGCGUCCCAUUGCCGUUGCCAACCCCGACGACACGGCUGCCAACGGCGACGAUGAGCCAGACGAGGAACAAGUAGCGGAGCCCAAGACCAAAAAGCCACGCGCCGCAAGAGGCAAAAAACAAGCUGCCAUCCAGGAUGAAGAUGAGGAAAUGAAGGAUGCCGAAGAUGACUCGGCCAAGCAGCUACAGGAAGAAGAUACAAAGGGUGCUGGAACAGAACAAGCUCAAAUCGCGAAGCAGGGCCUCGUUAUCCCCGUCGACAACUUCUGCCCUCUGCCUGGUGUUCAAGUAUACAUCGACCCCGACUCGGGUGUCAUUUACGACGCAUCGCUCAACCAAACCAAUGCCAGCAACAACAACAACAAAUUCUACAUCAUCCAGCUGCUGCAUGACCCCAAGGCGAACAAGUUUUCCACCUGGACUCGGUGGGGCCGUGUGGGCGAGCCCGGCGCCAACGCCUCCCUCGGAAACGGCACCUUUGACAACGCCCUCACCCACUUUGAUAAGAAGUUCAAGGACAAGUCGGGCCUGCGGUGGACCGACCGCUCCAACCCCCCGCGCCCUGGCAAGUAUGCCUUUGUGGAGCGUAGCUACGAGCCCGACUCGGAUAACGAGGACGACGACGCGGCCGGCGAUGGAGAAGAGGCCAAAGCCGUCAAGGAAGAAGAGCCCGAGCCCGACUGCACCCUAGACGACUCAACCAAGGCACUGAUGGAGAUGAUCUUCAACAACAGCUUUAUGCAAGCCACACUGGCCGAGCUCAACUACGAUGCCAACAAGCUGCCGCUCGGCAAGCUCAGCAAAGCUACCAUCCUUCGUGGCUUCGAACAGCUUAAGUCCCUCUCUGACCUCUUUGACGACAACGCCCUGGCCGCUUCGCGCUGGAACAUGACGGUACCCGCUGCCACCGAGCACCUCUCCAACACCUACUACUCGCUCAUUCCCCAUGACUUUGGCCGCCAGAGGCCGCCCAUCAUCUCUGAUGAGCGUCGCCUUAAGCGCGAGGUUGAGCUGCUGGAGUCGCUGUCGGACAUGAAGAUUGCGGCCGACCUUAUGAAGGCUGACCGCAAGAACACCGGCAGCGAUCCGGUGCACCACCUCGACCGAAAGUUCCAGGGCCUCAAUAUGGAGGAGAUGACGCCGCUGAAGCGGACCUCCAAGGAGUUCAAGACGCUGGAGCAGUACCUCUGCGGCACCGUCGGCACCACCCACGCCCUCAGCUACCAGGUCGUCGACAUCUUCCGCAUCGAGCGCCGCGGCGAGCGCGAGCGCUUCGGCGCGUCCGCCUUUGCCGGCGUCCCCUCGGAUCGGCGCCUGCUGUGGCACGGCUCGCGCUCGACCAACUUUGGCGGCAUCCUCAGCCAGGGCCUGCGCAUCGCCCCCCCCGAGGCGCCCGUGUCCGGCUACAUGUUCGGCAAGGGCAUCUACCUCGCCGACAUGUCUUCCAAGUCGGCCAACUACUGCUGCCCUUCCAUGUCCCGUGGCGAGGGCCUCCUGCUCCUCUGCGAUGCCGAGCUCGGCGACCCCAUGCACGAGCUCGUUCAUUCCUCGUACACGGCCGACGACGAGGCCCGCGCGGCGGGCAGCUGGAGCACAAAGGGCCAGGGCACCUGGGCGCCUCCCCAGUGGAUGGAUGCCAGCGCCGUCCAUAAGAGCCUCAAGGGCAUCAAGAUGCCUGAUCCCAGCAAACCCGCCGAAGACACAAAGAUUCCCAACGCGUCCCUCUACUACAACGAGUACAUCUGCUACGACGUUGACCAAGUCCAGCUUCGCUACCUCUUCCGCGUCAAAAUGUAA